AUGGAAAAACGCCCUGCAAUGACGCGCCCAAAUUCGCGUUCCUCUUCGCUGGAGGUUGAGCCGCCCCUGGAUACCACAUUAUCUGAGGCUGACACUCAUUCACAGAGCAACGCUACGAGCGGGCGCGAGUCUUCUAUGUCUAACUUGUCCGAGCGCCUCACUCCCUCGCCCCAGUCGCGGUACCGCACGCCUUCUAUCUCGAGCGGAGAGGCCACUGUCCGCAACCCGCGCCAAUUCUUCGACCCCCAACGUCGCGCCUUCUUGGAAGAACAGAUGCCCGCAUUCGUCGAGGCGCAGGCUAUCCGUCGCUCAGCUGAGACUGACUGGUACAAUACCAUCACCGACAUUACGAGGGAGUAUCUCAAUCGCCUGUCUGUCGACGAGGAGAACGCCAACCAGCUCGCGGCGCUCGAGCAGGCUGUCGCCGCUCCCGCUGCCGCUCGCAGCGGUAUCUGGCAGUCUAUCCUCGCUGCUCUUGUCCGCAUGUUCGCGUGGGUGCAGAAGCAAUCGCGUGCCGUAUUCGCCAAGCCAAGCGACGACUCGGAGCAAGCGACGGCGCCUGUUGCGGCCUGA